UGCGCUUCGAGGGGCUUGAAGAAUCAACGUAGCACAGCAAAUCCGUUUGCAAACACCAGCAAACAGGCAUUGAGCCGGCGCUUGGGUAUUUUCCAUCAUUAUGGCGCCGGACGAACCAAAUCAAAAGCGCAAGCGCGGUCGCCUAGCAGGCGCGUCGAACCCCGACGAGGACGUGUCCCUACGUGGAGGAGAAGCUGUUUUGCAGGCCAAUCGUAAUGACAACGCCGAGGUUCGAACGACAACAAAAAGACGAGGCAGACCGCAAAAGAGCGAUGAUUCAUCACCCGAAGAGCCUGCGCCAGAGCCAUCACCAGCGCCAGAGGGGGCACCAAAACGAAAGGGUAGACCAAAGAAAAAUGCUGAAACGGCGGGGGUGGGUGAAGGCUCAAUAGCCGAAGAACAAUCGACUCCGCCGACAGAUACUUUGGAAGCAGCACCAAAGAGGAGAGGUCGGCCAGCGAGAGCCCAAGAAGUUGAGCCGGAAACCGAGGAAACUGCGACCCAGACUGAAGAAAUCUCGAGUAUGGAGCCGAAGAAACGGGGGCGGAAAGCUCGAUCAGGACGGGCUGAGGAAGUGGUAGACGAGGCGAGCACGGAGGUCGAUGAAUCAGCAGCAACAGCACCAAAGAGACGAGGGCGCCCCGGUCGGACAAAAGAGGCCGAACCAGGUCAGGAAUCCCUCGUUGAAGAGGCUGAAGCGUCAACAGCAACAGAGCCCAAGAGAAGAGGGCGUCCAGCACGAACUCAAGAGAUCAAGCAACCAGCAGGAGAGACAAGUGUUGUUGCGGAGGCCGAGGAAACAUCACACCCGGCACGCAAGAGAAGAGGGCGACCUGCUCGAUCUGAACUAGAAGCAGAUCCAACCACCGAGGAGGCGGAAGAAUCAACAGAAAUAGCACCCAAGAGACGAGGACGGCCGGCACGGGCACAGGAGGCUGAACAUGAGGAAGAAGCGACGGUUGAGGAGGUAGAAGAGCCGGCAGAGAAAGCGCCCAAGAAAAGAGGACGCAAAGCAAAAGCCCCGGAAUCCGAAAAGGAACCCGAACAAGCAGCAGCGGCGGCACCCGAAGAGGCGCCAAAUACCGGGCGAAAGAGAGGACGUCCAGCAAAGAAUCAUGAUGUCGAAUCAGAGGAGCCAGAGCCUACUGAGACCAGGCCACGAAAGAGAGCCAAAGCAGCUGGAAAUGCUGAGGAGCAGGAACAGCAAGAAGAGCCAAAAGCAAGGGGCCGGCCUGGCAAGAACCAAGCUCCCGCAUCUCAGGAAGAUACAGAAAUGAGAGAUGCAGAGCCAGCAGAGACCGACGGCAGACAACGCAGGAAAGGUCGAGGCUCCAACGAGGACGAGUCUCGCGAAGAGGCUGCCGCAGAGCCUGAGUCUCAACAAAAGGGUAAAAGCGCCAAGAACGCUUCGAAAUCCAGGGGCAGACCCGGUCGCGUGGUUGGACAAGAGGAAGAAGACGCCCAAGACGAAAGCCAGCCCUCUGCUCGCCAACGAGGCAGAGGCAGAAAAAGCGCCGAAACCGCUGCUGAGCCAUCCCCUCAGCCCUCGGAGCCGCAGAAGCGAUCCAAGAAAGGACCUAGAGCGACCCUAGUUGAAAUUUCCGUCUCUGAAGCUCAAAACCAAACCACCAACCAUAAGCCCUCCAAAAAGAAGGACCGUCCUCAACCUCAACCCCAACCCCAACCCGAGACCGAACAAGAAGAAGAAGAAGAAGAAGAAGAACAAGAACAAGAACCCACCGACCCCCUAUCCUCAGCCCCAUACCGGCACCUCGCCCCCAAAACCCUCCACAUCCCCCGUUCCACCAUCCGCUCGAAAUGGACACCCCUAGACCAACCCGCCAUCUCAACAGUCGACAGCCUCAUCCUCGACUCGUACAUCCCCAUCCUUGAGUCGAUCGGAGGUAACAACACGGCGAGGUACACCGCCUCGCAAACGAUCCUCCGGACUUUUGCUGGUAGACUGCAUUCUAAACUGGUAAAAGGGAUCCCUUUUCCUCCGGCGACGAUCGGGACGAAGACGACAAAGGGGGUGGCGAUUUCUGCGCAGGAGGCAGAGGUUAAUUUUGAAAAGGUGAUUGAUGCGAGCAGGCAUUUGGAGAGGCAGCUGGAGCCGUUGGUGCAUAGCGUUGAGGUUUUGAGACGGGAGAAGGAGAGAGAGGAGGCGGGGUUGGAGAGGGAUUAUAGGGAUCUGAGGCGGUUGGAGGAGAAUGCGAGGGCGCAGGCUAGGGGGUGGAGGGAGAGAGGGAGGAGGGAUCAUGUGCUUGCUCCUGGGCGGAGGGAACGGGCUGCCAGUCGGGGUGGGGAGAAGGGGUUGGAGGUUGUGAAGAGGGAAAGGGUGGAGGUGAAGGGGAGAGUCUUUGAGGGGAUUGAGGAGGGGGAGGAGGAGGUGAUCGGGUUGGCGAGGCAGAUUGGGAGUCAUAUGGAGAGUUUGAGGGGGAAUUUGGGGCAGAUUGAGGGGGUCGUGCCGGCUAUACAGAAGUCGAAGGCGGUGCUGCAGGGGUUGCUUGGGAGGUAUUUGAGUGAGGGGGAGUAUGAAGGGGUUGUGCUUGGGUAA